AUGGAGCUGCAGACCAAGGACUUCCACCACCCUUAUUCCCCCUAUAAUAUUCAAAUUCAGUUCAUGAGAGCACUUUACACAUGUCUCGAGGAUGGCAAAGUAGCGAUCUUCGAGUCCCCAACGGGCACUGGUAAAUCCUUAAGUUUGAUAUGCGGCUCCUUGAGUUGGCUGCGUGACCACAAGCGUUCUGCUUUCCAAGAUACCAUCGAUCACACACUUAACAAUGACGAGAGUGAGCCAGACUGGAUGUUGGAAUUCGCCAAGAGUGAGUUGAGUCGCUCAAUGCUCGAGAAAAGGAGGGAGCUUGAGGAGCGGUUAGAGAGGACAAAACUCGAAGAAGAGAAACAAAGGAUUGUGGUGGAGAAUCCAGAACUCCCCCGAAAAAAGCAGAAACUAAGCAAGGCAUCCACUGGGCCGCCCUUGCACGAAGAUCAAUUCCUUGUAAAUGAAUAUAAUAGCGACGAUGAUCAACCAGGUCUUUCAGCCAAAAGCUUGCAACCCGACAGUGGGCUUUCUUCCAGCACACUUGAACUGCUGAAAAGGUUCAGAGGGCAAUCGACUGCUAAAUACGAUGCAGACAGUGACCAAGACGAUGAGAUUAAGAUCUUCUUUUGUUCUCGGACACACUCUCAGCUAUCCCAAUUUGCAGGUGAAUUACGACGCAUUGCCAUGCCAUCGAGUAUCCCAGAAGAUAUGGUACCCAGUGAUGGAAGCAAGGCCUUGGAGGAACGCAUUAGACACCUCUCCCUCGGAUCCCGGAAGAAUCUUUGCAUCAAUACACGGGUAUCUUCACUUGAGAAUCCAACAGCGAUCAAUGAACGUUGUCUCGAAUUGCAGCAACCUGGAGUAGCCACAGAACACAAAUGCCCCUAUCUACCGGCAAAAGAAGACGAGACACGUGCUAUUCGGUUCCGCGAUCAUGCACUUGCGACUGUGAAAGAUAUAGAAGAUUUAGGGAACGUCGGAAAGGAGAUCGGAAUAUGUCCCUAUUAUGCUUCUCGAUCGGUUAUCAAGCAUAGCGAGAUUGUCACUCUUCCAUAUCCUCUCUUGCUUCAGCGAUCAGCCAGGGAAGCACUUGGGUUGUCAAUCAAGGGCCAUAUCAUCAUCAUUGAUGAAGCACAUAAUCUGAUGGAUGCGAUAUCUAGCAUCCAUUCCGCGACUGUGACACUUUCCCAAUUCGAGUCGUCUAUCUCACAACUAACGGCCUAUGCCCGCAAGUUUAAGACCCGUUUGAAAGGACGGAACAGGAGCUAUAUUGCUCAGAUCAUCCGGCUCCUCGGCUCAAUUACACAUCACCUUCGCUCUGUGCUGGCCAGCAAUGGGCCGCCUGAAGGACGUGUCCUGCCUUCGGAGCUCAUGUCUGGGAAGGGCGUCGACCAGAUUAACCCUUACAAACUAAGUCGAUAUCUCCAGGAGAGUAAGCUCGCCAGAAAAGUCGAUGGGUACGUCGAAUUCACGAAAGAAGCAACAGAAGCCAGGGCUUCUGGGAGAUCCACGACACCUAUACUGUUCCACAUACAGGGAUUCCUGCUCUCAUUGAUGAACCCGUCCACUGAGGGGCGAUUGUUUUAUCUGAAAGACAAGGAUGAAGUUGAGUUGAAAUACAUGCUUCUUGAUCCGACAAACCAAUUCCGUGACCUCGUUGAAGAUGCCAGAGCCGUCAUACUGGCUGGUGGAACGAUGUCACCGAUGGCAGACUACAUGAAUCAUCUGUUCUCCUAUGUCCCCUCUGAGCGAAUCGAUACCUUUAGUUACGGUCAUGUCAUUCCGUCGGGGAAUUUGACUGUACACACGUUAGGGCGUGGAGUACAAGGCAUGAAUCUCGAGUUCACGUAUGACUCUCGAAACGUAGAGGCGAUGAUACUUGACCUUGGCCGAACAAUAGCGUCCAUCUGCAACGCGAUUCCUGAUGGCGUCGUUGCUUUCUUCCCCAGUUACGAUUACCUGGGCCAAGUGUUAAACGUGUGGAAAAAGCCGAUAGAAGGCGAGCGGGGCCAGAGCGUAUACGAGCUAAUCUAUAGAGCGAAGCCGGUCCUCUCUGAAUCACGAGAGAUGGCUGAGUCGACGGAAGAAUUGCUUCAGAAGUACGCUGAGCUCAUUGACUCUAGUAGCGGUGCGCUUCUAUUGUCCGUGGUGGGUGGGAAGCUGUCCGAAGGGAUCAAUUUUUCCGAUCGACUCGGACGUGGCGUAGUCAUCAUCGGACUGCCGUUUCCGAACAUUCAAAGUGCCGUCUGGCAAGCAAAAAUUGAGUAUGUCGAGCAGAAAGCGUUUGAUCAAGCAGUUGGUUCCGAAGCCAGUCGGCGGUCGACCGCCAAAGCUGCAGGGAGAGAAUACUACGAGAACGCUUGUAUGCGGGCAGUGAAUCAGUGCAUCGGACGAGCUAUCAGGCAUAGCAAGGACUAUGCCGCUAUUGUGUUGAUGGAUAAACGGUAUGAUCGAACCAAUAUCAGAGGAAAGCUUCCGGCCUGGAUCAAGCAGAGCAUGGCCACUGCUUCUAUCAAUCAACCUGCAGGUAGGACGAUUCAGAGCCUGUCUGAUUUUUUCGGAGAUGAUAAGCAACGUGUCAACAGCAGGGCCCAGUGA